GCUGGACAGCAACGGACCAAGCAGAAAGAUCCCUCCAUCCUUGACGCAGCAUGGCUCCAAAGAAAGUGGAGCCCAAGAAGACGGAGGUGAAGAAAGUGGAGGCGAAGAAAGAAGAGCCUCCACCUCCCCCCAAGCCUGCAGAGCCGGAGCCCAAGCCACCGGAGGUGGACCUGAAGAGCAUCGUGGUGGAGUUCACUCCCGACCAGGUGGAGGAGUUCAAAGAUGCCUUUUCCCUCUUUGAUCAGACUCCCACGGGGGAGAUGAAGAUCACCUACGCUCAGUGUGGCGAUGUCAUGCGCGCUCUGGGACACAAUCCCACCAACGAUGAGGUGCUGAAGCUGCUGGGCAGACCGAAGGCCGAGGAGCUGAACGUCAAGCUGCUGGACUUUGAUAACUUCCUGCCCAUGCUGCAGCAUGUGGCACGCUCCAAGGAGCAGGGCACCUUUGAGGACUUUGUGGAGGGCCUCAGGGUUUUUGACAAGGAGGGCAAUGGCACGGUGAUGGGGGCGGAGCUACGCCACGUCCUCGCUACUCUUGGAGAGAAGAUGACGGAGGAUGAGGUGGACCGUUUGAUGGCUGGACAGGAGGACGCAAACGGACACAUCAACUACACCGAGUUUGUCAAACACAUUCUGGCCGGGUAGAGCAUGGAGCCCCGCCCCCCCGUGACGCUCGCAGAUGUUGUCUCUCCAUCAAAUAAAGCAACUUGAGUGAUU